AAGAGUCAACACUCAACCACUACUUCAUCAACAACCCCAAACCAAAACCAGAACCAAAACCACAACAACACCAACCAAAUAACACAAUCAAAAUGUUCGGCCGCCGUCGCGCCCACGCCCCAGUAACCACCACAGUCGGUCCCACCCACGGCACGCACACAACCCACACAACCCGUUCCACCCGCCCCAUGUCCAUGGGCUCCAGCUUAUUCGGCCGUCGUCGCCAUCACACUCCCAUGACCACCACCACUCCCCACACAACCCACCACACAACCCCCAUGACCACCACCCACACUACCGGUCGUCGCCGGGGCUACGGCGGCUACGGACGGCGCAAGAAGCACGGACACGGCAUGGCCGCCCCCGCUGCCGCCGCCAUGGGCACCACAGCCGCUGUGCAUCACCAUCAAAAGCGCAAGACGAGUAUCGGUGAUAAGAUCAGUGGAGCGCUGAUGAAGAUUAAGGGGAGCAUUACGGGACGGCCGGGACAGAAGGCUGCGGGGACGAGGAGGAUGCGGGGGACGGAUGGACGGGGGCGGAGGAGACACUACUAGGGGGAAACGGUGUUGAGUGGAGAAGGGGUGUAAGAUUAUUUGUACUGCUUAUUCGGCCAUGUUUAUUUGUUUGUUUCCUUUCUGUUCUUUGUGUCGAUGGAUAGGUUAAGCGAUGUAGAGUUGGAUGUACCUCUAGGCAAGAUACCCCAAUGCACACAUAAAGCUCACAUAAUGUAUGGUUAUGGACGAUGGAUUGUGAGGUUAGAGAUGCGCAAGAUAUGAGUUAUUGCCAACGAAAUCAAGACAC